CAAGCAACGUUAGCCUCAACUUUCACGCACGCCAUGGCCAUGAUGAAGAUGACGCACGACGACUACGUCCACCUGUGCCUCAUGGCGCUCGCCUCCGUGGCGACCGGCGGCGACCAAGCACAGGCAGCGAAGGGGCAGUGGCUGCAGACCGUGACUGCGGCGGCGCCAGCAGCCAGCGAGCUCAGGUUCCGGUGCUCCGUCUGCGGCAAGGCGUUCCCGUCUCACCAGGCGCUCGGCGGGCACAAGGCCAGCCACCGGAAACGGGCGGCGCUCGUGCUGCCGCUACAAAGCGUUUCGCCGGCGGAGGAGACGGUGGCAUCGUCGACGUCGUCUGGCGUCGGCGGGCACAGGUGCUCCGUGUGCCACCGGAGCUUCGCGACGGGGCAGGCGCUCGGCGGGCACAAGAGGUGCCAUUACUGGGACGGGCUGUCGGUCUCGCUGACGGCGUCCGCGUCGCGUUCCGGCUCCGGGUCGUCCGUGAGGGAUUUCGACCUCAACCUGACGCCGGUGCCGGAGAAGGCCGCCGGAGGCAUGCGAAGGUGGGGAGAGGAGGAGGAGGUGCAGAGCCCCUUGCCGCUCAAGAAGCGGCGGCUGUCAAGUCCUUCCUUGGAGCUUAAUUUAAUACUCCUUGAUUGAUUACUUGUGCUAGACUUGUCAGUCCCACCGUUCGUUCAUUGUUUAUUUCCACUUUUGUUUUUGAGCCUAUUGUUUAUUUCCACUUGAGAGCUCCGUUUGCGAUUACCUCUUGAUUUGUAAAGUAUCUGCUGAUUCACUUGUGACUUUUGGUCAACUGCUAACACAUUUGAUGCAAUAAAUUUGGCAUAGGAUGCAUGGUUGUUCAAUAGGCAAAACAGUGGCAUCAAUUUAUCGGAAAUAGUAUAAGUGAGAGUAUAUACCCCAGUGAUUCUUUCUGACUUUAUGUAAGUUUGAGCAAUGAAGU